AUUGAAGAAGACUCGAUGCGAGCGGUCUCUAUGGCCGCAACCCAUCGCCGCCAUAGACGUACGGACGGCCGGCUACAACACAACACAGUAACUGUAACUGAAGAAGCCGGCGCCACCAUUCCCGCCGCCAAUAUGCUCGCCGCCGCCGCCUCCGUCAAGCUCUCCACGGCCGGGACCGCCACGGCGCCCAAGAUGGCAUUAUUCAAGCCCCUCCACCUCCCUCCCCUCUUCGCCGCCGCCGCCGCCGCCGCCGGGCCACGUCCCCUCUCCCUCUCGGCGCGCCCCCUGUACCGGCAGCAGGACCCGUUAUUCCUGGCGUCGCGCGUCGCGUCACCGGCGCCGCCGCCGCCGUCCGCCACCGCCGACGGCGCCCGGCCGGUGGAGGCUGCACCGGCGGGCGCGGCGCCGGAGGAGGCGGCGAGGCGGGCCAAGAUCGGGGUCUACUUCGCGACGUGGUGGGCGCUGAACGUGAUCUUCAACAUCUACAACAAGAAGGUGCUCAACGCGUUCCCUUACCCGUGGCUCACGUCCACGCUCUCCCUCGCCGCCGGCUCCGCCAUCAUGCUCGCCUCCUGGGCCACCAGGAUCGCCGAGGCGCCCGCCACCGACCUCGAUUUCUGGAAGGCCCUGUCACCGGUGGCGAUCGCGCACACCAUCGGGCACGUGGCGGCGACGGUGAGCAUGGCGAAGGUGGCGGUGUCGUUCACCCACAUCAUCAAGAGCGGCGAGCCGGCGUUCAGCGUGCUCGUCUCCAGGUUCUUCCUCGGCGAGCACUUCCCGGCGCCGGUCUACUUCUCCCUCCUCCCAAUCAUCGGCGGAUGCGCCCUCGCCGCCAUCACCGAGCUCAAUUUCAACAUGAUUGGAUUCAUGGGGGCGAUGAUCUCGAACCUGGCAUUCGUGUUCCGGAACAUAUUCUCCAAGAAGGGGAUGAAGGGCAAGUCGGUGAGCGGGAUGAACUACUACGCCUGCCUCUCCAUGCUCUCGCUGGUCAUCCUCCUCCCUUUCGCCUUCGCCAUGGAGGGGCCCAAGGUGUGGGCUGCCGGCUGGCAAAAAGCCGUCGCCGAGAUCGGUCCAAACUUCGUCUGGUGGGUGGCGGCGCAGAGUGUGUUCUACCACUUGUACAACCAAGUGUCCUACAUGUCAUUGGACGAGAUCUCACCACUGACAUUCAGCAUCGGCAACACCAUGAAGCGGAUCUCCGUCAUUGUCGCCUCCAUCAUCAUCUUCCACACGCCGGUCCAGCCCAUCAACGCCCUCGGAGCCGCCAUUGCGAUUCUCGGAACUUUCAUCUACUCUCAGGCGAAGCAGUAAUGGCAUAAGCAUGGAAAUGGCACCCGUUUUCGCCACAAGUCGCGACUCGGUGCUCGGGAUGUAACAAUGCUAUGAGCAUAUAUCCAAGGAUCCCUUGUAAUAUAUUAGAUCUUCUUUUCUUUUCAUUUUUCUUUCUCUAGGUGUAGCUGCCAAUGUUUCUUCUGAAUUCGUCGAGUUCUUGUACUAUGACUAUGAUGAUGUAGAGAGGUGGAUCUGCCUAAAUAAAGCUGUUAGAUUUUUUGCUUGACC